AUGAUGAUGAUGGGUUUCCUUACAGGGUUUUUGUCUUUUUCGCUACUGUUGUCGAGCGCGACAGCAAGGGUUGCAGCCCCAGCCUCGUCAUCCGGACACAGAUCGUCCUGUGAUUCAGUUCAAGACGGGUAUCAGUGCUUUUCCCAGAUCUCGCAUAUAUGGGGCCAGUACUCGCCCUUUUUCUCUCUACAGGAGACGUCUGAGAUCUCCCAGGCGGUGCCGCACGGCUGUGAAGUUACCUUUGUGCAGCUGCUUUCUCGCCAUGGAGCGCGCUACCCGACUAGCUCCAAGUCGAAGACUUAUAAGAAGCUGAUUGCCGCGAUUCAGCGCAAUGCCACCUCGUUCUCUGGGAAGUAUGCGUUCUUGGAGACCUACAACUACACCCUGGGUGCAGAUAACUUGACCGCCUUUGGAGAGGACCAGAUGGUGAACUCGGGCAAGAAGUUCUACCACCGGUAUGAGAAGCUGGCGAAGAACGUGAUUCCGUUUAUUCGGUCGUCUGGGGAGGCCCGGGUGGUGGCCUCUGCCGAAAAGUUCAUUGAGGGCUUCGAAGCUAAGAAGGAAAAGGAUCAUCACGUCAAGGCACCCCAGGCUUCUCCGGUGGUGAAUGUGAUCAUCCCCGAGGGCGCUCAGUAUAACAAUACGCUUGAUCAUAGUACCUGCACUGCCUUUGAGGAGAGUGGGCUCGCCGAUGAGAUCAAGGCGAACUUUACGGCCCUGGUUACCCCGUCAAUCCGGAAACGAUUGGAAAAGGAUCUCGCGGGCGUGGAACUGACCGACAAGAAUAUUAUCCACCUCAUGGACAUGUGCAGCUUUGAUACCGUUGCGUUGACAGCCGACGGAAGCGAGCUGUCGCCGUUCUGCCACCUCUUCACCAGAAGCGAAUGGGCGCAAUAUGACUACUUGCAGUCGCUCUCCAAGUACUAUGGCUAUGGUGCUGGUAACCCGCUUGGACCGGCGCAGGGAAUCGGAUUCACCAACGAGCUGAUUGCCCGUUUAACCGAGUCCCCUGUCCACGACCACACUAGCACCAACUCCACGCUGGACUCGGACUCGACGACCUUCCCGCUCAACGCUACGCUCUACGCCGAUUUCUCGCACGACAACGGUAUGACCUCGAUUUUCUUUGCGAUGGGGUUGUACAACGGCACCGAGCCUCUUUCUCAAACCAGUGCGGAGACUGUCGCGCAGAUGGAUGGCUACUCUGCCGCCUGGACGGUCCCGUUUGCCGCAAGAUCCUACGUUGAGAAGUUGCAGUGCCGCGGAACCAAGGAGCCUCUUGUCCGGGUACUGGUGAAUGACCGUGUGGUGCCUUUGCAUGGCUGCGCAGUUGACCGACUGGGUCGUUGCAAGCUGGAUGAUUUCAUCGAGGGAUUGAGCUUUGCCAGGUCUGGAGGAAACUGGGCAGAGUGUUUUGCAUAG